CUUUGAAAAUGUUAAGUACAUUAGUAAGUAGUUUGUUCACGUGUAGGUUCUUAUGUUACGGUUCUUUUACCUUACCCAAUCACGGCCCGUCACUCCAGUGGGCUGCAGCGUCCUUUCCUACCCAUGCUGGUGCCGUAAGGAAAGGAAUCGUAGACCGUAUUUGUUUCUUGUGAUCCCAUGGAAUAAACCAAUUAAAUUUUCUAGUUUCUGCGGGGCACCUUGGGUCCAUCCUAAUGCAAUGAUAACUGAACGCAGGUAUAUAGGGGAAUGUGACGCUCUUUUGACGCAAAAUGUUUUUUUUUUUUUUGUCAUUUGCAACACAAAUACUUUCAUCACCUCAAAUCGAGCCGCCUAAAUGUGAGCUUUCCUAAAUUCCACGUUACUGUUUAUCUAUGAAAAACUUGACUCCAGCUCAGUAAGUUGACUGCCAGUCAGACGAGUGGGAGGCUAAGCCACGGGUUUAAGCCCCAGUUGGACUCACUCUGGGUCAUAAAAUAGCUGAGCAGGGGAUAAAGGUUGCCUUUGUAAUGACAACUACAAACAGUUCAGUAGACAUUCUACUCUUAUCGAAUAACGAUGGUGAACUAUCGUCUCACUAUCGAUCGCUCCUCAUUUAAAAUCUGUGGCACCUUACAUUAUUUCUAAAGAGCAGCGGACGUAGUCUUUGUUGUGCUGGUCUAUCUCUGCCAAAAUACUACCGGCGGGGAAGCUUAGUUUGAAGGGAGUCUGAGCUGACGAGACCAAACACACACACACACACUGCACACAACUAGAACUCAGCCGGGCUAUUUGCUAGGUGCUUAGGAACUCAGAACACCUUUUUCAUUUCCUUAACCUCUUUAAUCUAUAUCCGAUCAGAUUGCUGCCACAAAGUUGACUACCCCUCCGGCUCUAAUCACUUCCUUGAGAUAAACUCCGCGGCGAAACUGAAACUUAAGGAAUAAACAUACUUUUAAAACCUUAUGCUGAUAUUAUAAUAAGUUUAAGUACAAGUUUAUUGUAUGACGUGGUUCAGUUUUAACCUUGGUUUAAAUCUUAUAUUUGUUUUGUUAUGGGGUAUGGUAAUGUUAGUAAUGAGUUUGAAACAAAGAAAAAAAAAAUUAAACCAGAAAUAAAACUCAACCACAACAUAUACAUGUGUAAUGCUACACUUGCAAUUUAAUGAUAAACUGAUUUACAAUUGCAAAUUGCAUUGCAGGGACCUGUCAUUUAACAAGCUGCAGUCACUACCUGAAAAUGUGUUUCGUGGAUACCAGUCGUUAUUACUUCUGUAAGAAUAAUGUGAUAUGAUUAACUUAGUAGUAGAUUGAUGAAAACUUUAUGAUCUUGAGCAUUUGUGUAAACCGCCACUAAUAAACGUUAUUCUUAGCGGAGCUCCGGCGCGCGAAGCGCGCGCAGCGGAGCACCAUGGGUAACAAAAUUUGGUAAACUGUCCAUCCGACAAAAUUUGGUUAUGACGUAUGUAGCGUACGUCCGCCCGUCCGUACACACACUUCAUGUAAGCCAAUGUCAAAUGUCACAAUAAAUCUUGCACAACUUGACUAGCCUUUCAGUUUUGUAAGCCAUCCGUAUGAGUACGAUUAGAUUGACAGCUGUCAAAAUCAGACAUCCGCUGACUAUUAUCACAUGACCAUUUCGCGGGCUCAGAUGAAAGACCAGUCGCUUUGCCCCUACAUAUAAGCCGAUAUAAUAUGUCACACUUACCAAUUCAACAUAAAAACGAAACUACUCCGGGCAGGGCUGUCAGUCGGCUGACAGUCGUUUAAAGUUAUGCACCUAUCAAUGUAAACCCCGUGGGGGAAGUGCGGCCAAGGGGUGGGGAUUUGACAAAUUUUAAAAUUUUUUGAUCAAAUUCCCCAGGGUGGGAAACGAAAGUUCAAUCAAAAGUGUCAAAAAAGCCCCCACCCCAGGGGAAAAAUCUAAACAAACAAUACUAUAAUACUAUAUAAAACGAAUGAAAGAACAUUUCAAAAGUACGUUCUUACUACUUUUAUUUAAGGUUAACGUAAGCUCCGUUAAAUUACUUGCUGUAAUUAAGUAUUUUCUCUUUCCACUAGCAUCUCUUAUUUUGAACAACAUAAUCACUCCAGGACGAUUGACCGUGCUGUUAUAUUAAUGAAACAUAAAAUGCUUUAUAACAUCGGCUCAACAUGUUGGAACAGGUCGGAUCAGUGACCUGUAAAAAAUCCUCUGACUUUCAUGGUAGAAUUCGAUUUCAAUCGAGGUUUACAAUCAGAUGGGAACUUGAACAUAAAAACUUUCUCAAAAUAGACAUUACCUCUUUAGAUGACAGUGUAAAGUAACGGAUUAUGGCGAUUAAAACAAAUGAAAACUUCAUAACUUUCUCAAACAGCGUGACUUUCAGAAAGCCUCGAGGAACGGACUUGGUUACCGCUUCUGAAUUGAUACCAGGCUUCUAUCGGUCAAUGUCAAAUGUCUCGACCCCGGGGUCGCUUCGCACGAUCAAAAGCCCGACAGGGGGAUAGUCUCAGGCAUCAAAUCCCCUCCCCUUGCCCGCACUCCCCCCCUACGGGAUUUACAUUGAUAGGUGCAUUAUAUUGGCAAGCCAAAUUAAGGUCAAUUGACAGCUGUCAAAAUGGGACAUAUGGAGACGACUAUCAGAAAACUAAUAACGUGGGCUCAGGUUCGCUCAGGUAGACGAUCUGGCAUUUUCCACUGAUAUGUCUUACUCACACUCGUAGUCUGUUAAUUCGAAUAUUCGCCAUUCUAAUGAAGGUUAAUUGACAGCUAUCAAACUAGAGUAUACGCUGACUAUCAUCACCUGACUGUAUCGCGGGCUCAUUUUUCUAUCCAUUGAGGUCACGUAGUUUUUAAAGUUUUCCGCUGAUAUUUUAUUUGAUUACGGGCUCAAUUCGAAGCCCCAUAGCUUAGAAAAUCUAUCCAUCCUAGAAAAUUCGGUAAUCACGUGACCGUAUACCGACCACCCGACCUUCCGUCCGUCCGCACCACAGGCAUACCAAUGUUUAAUCUCACACUUUCUAGCUAGUAUGGGAGUCUGCAACCUGAUAUUGUACACCCAUGUUUUGAUUAAUUGACAGCUGUCAAAAUAGUGUUUCUGCUGACCAGUAUCGACUGACCGUAUGCAGGCUCAGGUAUCGACCCACUGAGUUCGAGUGUUUUUUUGAAGUUAUCCGCUGACAAGUUGCUACUUUUCAAAUGAUCGCAGGCUCAAGUUCAAUUUUUUUAAAAUGUAUAUAAAAUAAGUCAUGUUCUUGAGAAGCACUUUUAAAAAGUUGCUGCUUUUCAAAUGAUCGCAGGCUCAAAAUCAAUUUGUUUAAAAUGCAUAUUAAAGAAGUCGUGUUCAUGAGCCGCACUUUUAAAAUUUUGAUUUUGAACUGACCUCGGACGCGAAAAUUCAACCGGCUUUUACAUGCAGGGAAGGCAAUCGCUUUUGAUUGCCACGCGUUGAUCACGUUCUACGUCCAAUUUUUAUGUUCUGAUUGGUCAAAAUUUGACAGGUGAGUUCAUGCGGAAAAUUUAUGCAGCGUCUGGAAACUUGCUUACUGAUAGCUGAAGCUGACAGAGUUUUGUGUCAUCUUGUGAUGUUUUAAACUGUCUUUUUCUACUUGAUAUACAAAAUGAAAUACAGCUGCUAUCAAGAUUGUUCUGUAAUUCAUGGCUGGUUUGUUUAUUGCACUUUUUUUGACAAAUGCACCGCUUGUCAAAGUCAUUGGAAAUCCGCUUUCGGAUGACAUCGUUUUCAAAAAUGAGCUUACUCACUUGCCCUUGCUUGAGGGGUAAGAGGGUUGAAAAGUCUCAAGCGAUCCUGGAACACUUGAUGACCUUCGAAAGCAACAUCUCCACUGGUAAGCCUGAGAAAUUAUUGUCUUUGAUGUGUAUUUUUUUUCGGUUUCCUGAAGUGGAGCGUAUGGUUUAUUGGGCUUAAGGUUAUACACGAGCAAUGAUCUAAGCUACAAUAGUAUCAAGUUUAAAAAGCCUUUAGACAUUUUUUGACCGCAAAUUCAAAGAGAAGGUUCCGAAGAAUAUUAAGUUAUGAUUUUGGCUGUAAACAGAAAGCUCUGAGCGAUAUUCUUGCCUCUAGUUCAUCUUGAAAAAAAGCAAACACCGGGAAGCCGGCUUAAAACAUAAACAAGCUUAUGCUUACCUGACUCAUGAUUUUCAGAGACACUUUACUCUCAAUACUUGUCUUCGUGAAUGAAACUUAUUGCCUCUUUACUUGUUUCACCGAAUUAUAUUUAUUUUAUUGAUUGUUAGUAGUCCCUCUCGCAAUUUUUAUCGCUGCUCCGGUUGUUUCCAGUGGAACAUAAACAUCGCAUGCAGGAAUACUCAAAACGCCGGGCGUAAAUAGCUCGCUUUUAGAGAUUACACAUAACAAAUCAAACAGUUUUAUAAAUAAAGGGAAAUAAAACCUAAACAUAACAAAUUCUCUAUCAUGUUGAAGUGUAAACGUUAACUCUAUUAAUCAGCACUGCAAAUUUGGUGCCUGUCAAAAGUGAGAACCCGUCCGGCUGGCCGAAAAGGUGGUUUUGGGAAUUUUUUAAUCGUUUUCACUAAAAGCCCAUAAUUAUUACCCUGCAUAUCACGUAGGACCAGAUUUUUCUUACUGAAAAGUCCUGGAAUUAUGGAAUUCUCUUCAUGAAAACCUUUUAUAAUGUGGUCAAUGCUAUAAUUUGUUGUGCAAAGGAAGCGCGUGCUUUGAUCGUCCUGGAUAUUGAAUGAGUGCAAUUUGUCUUGCAGAAUUGUGAAAAACUGCAGAAUUAUAGGUUUAAAUAGGGCAAAAAAGAACAAAAUUAUGUCCGAGGUCUGUAUGAUAAAAACAAGGGCCUCAUAGUACUGCGUUUACCUGAGACGUGAUGAGAAAAAGUAUGUUUAAAAGGCUGGUUUACACGCCACCAGAUUCGUCGCCAAGAUUUACAUGUAAAGUAAACUUGUCGAACACAAAAAAUCCGGACUGAUUUUUUAUUUUGGCCUCCCUUUUAGACAGAGGAAUACAACGUGUAAAUUGGCUGCCACCAAGGACUAUGGUGGCGCGCGUGUUUCUUAAAAUUAUAUUUCGGGGUCAUCCAAUCAUCCAUGGUCUCUCAAACGGAGCAUCAGCUAAUGCAAAUACAAUACACGAAUAGGUCUAUUUGUUUUCCAGGCCUAAUCUACUGUGAUCGAACAUGAUUGCUAUUUUUGGGUGUACAAAUAAGACUAUUAACUCGAUGUAAAAUUUGUUUCACUCUUGGACUGUCAAAUUAUUUUUCUCUAAAAUCACUUAGCCUUUGCCUCAAACGUCACAUGAAUGUGCCCUGAUCUGUGGAUUACAAGUUUAUUGUUUGAUUUAAAUUAUGAGUUUUUUAAAGGGAGCUUCGCUUCUAGCCCUGGCUAAAUCUAUAUAUUAUUCUUCAAUUUUUAGGGGUUUAAAUUUUAACAGCAUCACUCAUAUAAACCGACGCACUUUUGCUGGUCUUCUUCACUUAGGCGCAUUGUAAGUUUCCUUCCUUUACAUUGCCUUAUCACUAAUUUUCAUUACCUUAAGUGUUAAAAGCUCCCUCGACCUCCGUACGCCGUAUAGAAGGCCAGGAAUUUCCGAUUUAUUUUUUCCUAGUUUUGUCAGUCGUAGGAAAAGUACACCAUCCUUUAUGAGUUUUGCAGGCAGGCCGCACUGUUUUUUCGCUGUUUUGUUGAUUUUGUUUUUGGUCUGUUUUGUUUGUUUUUCAUUAAGGAUGAUGAUCCAUAACAAUCUGACAUCUAUUCCCGACGGCGUUUUCGCCGAAACUCGUCUGGAAUCAUUGUGAGUGAAAUUUUUUUUAAUCUGUUUAUUAGAAAAGCUGCGAUAGUUACAUAUUUGUCAUAUUUCGCCAAUGAUACACGCUAUGUCCAUGACAUGUUAUCUCCAAUAACAAGAAAGACUACAAGAAAGGUUUAGAUUAGUAGAAAACAUUCAUGAAAAGAAAACAACAACAACUUACAACAUCUAGUAUACUUCGGAAAUAUUAUAUCCUUCGAUCGUGUUUGAUUUUUUACUCUUUUAAGUAACGGAUGCUAGAUUUGAGAGAUAAUCAGAAGAGAGAAGAAAAUACCACGUGACUUGGAGAGUUCAGUGGUACGAUUACCGUCAGAUUAUUCCAUUUUGUUUUACGGGCUAUUGACUUGGUGAACUUUUAAACGUCCACAUUACAACGUUAUUUCCCUUUUUAAAGAUUCACAGUUCCUUUGGCCAGUUACAGUCUAUGUGAUAUAGAGGAUCUUCUUAUAUUCCUAGACUUUCACCUAACUAAACGGGACUUCCAUUGGUUGAUUCUUGUGGUCACGUGGCCUUGACUAAACUCAAAUGUAUCCCGACCGUGAUACAUUAAGCAGUGUAGCCCGCUCGGGAUACAUUACAGCACGUGAUCAAAACAUGGUGGAAAGUGGGGUGACAGAAGGCCGGAAAAACCAACACUGCCAGUUUUCGUUUUCGUGAAUGAACACAACAACAAAAACACGAAGCCUCAAGCAAAAAGCAACGAUUUUUAAAGUUAUCCCAGAAGAGAAACAGCCGUUAGUGGAGGAAAAGAUGCAGAUAAUAUAAGGAGAGUACUUUGUAAACCAUUCAUUCAGUGGUUUUUAGUAUUGAAUUUGUGUUGUUAUAAGUACCGAGUCGACUGUUUUGGUUCGCUCCGGUUAAUGUUUUGUUGCUGUUGAAGUGAAAGUCUAGAAAUAUAAGAAAACACUUAAUGUCAGGUCCCUCGGGAAACUGAUGUUUCAUCAGGGCUCUCGGGAAAACAAAACUGUUUCCCUCGGGAUGUGACAUUAAGUGUAUAUUAUUUCACGAGUGAGCGCAGCUCUCUCGUGAAAUAUUUUCAACACGAGAAGAGAAAUUUCGAAUCUCCAAGCGGCCAUGCAGUUUUCUAUUUAUUAUAUAGACACCAAUGUAAUUAGAAACCCUUUCACUUAAAUAUUCUUAUGCUGCGAAAGGCCCGAUUUAGUAUGUAGCCAUAGCAACAGUGAACUUUUCACAUGUAAAAGAUAUCAUCUUUUCGCGCAAAAGCUCACUUAGUAUUCCAUUGGUGUUUAUGUAAUAAUGGCUGUUUUCCCACUAGAGAAGGAUUCCGUCUGAGACGGAAAUCCAUGCUCAAAAUCAGUCAAAAUUGACGGAAAAACUGAUGGAUAAAGUAAGGCGGAUUGUCCAUCCAAAAUUAAGACCGUUCCAUUUUCAAAUUAAGACGUAUUAUCUAUGAGACGCGAAUUAUCCAACGGAUAAUCCGUCUCUAGUCUGAAUACGGCCAAUUAUGAUCUAUUUUACUGGUUAUAUCAUUUGCUUUAUUAUCUCAGGUUUAUUCAUAGCAAUGCGAUCAAACACAUUGGAGACCAAGCGUUCAACAACUUUCACGACUUGACAACAGUGUAAGUAUCAGAAUGUAAGAAAAUAAAAACCAAAAUAUUUACAAAAUUUCUUUAGAAAACUAUGUGUCCACCGACAUUUUUUUUUAUUGCGUGGUGUUAUUUCCUGUUUACCUGAGCAAUUCAACUUCUGUUGUAGCUACUAAGUUAAACUAGAAACAUAAAGGAACAAGGCCCAUCCGGUGUAAGUCUUUAAAACUCCAAAGGAGUUGGUCAUAAAGAAAGAUAAAACAAAAAAAAGCUUAGAGAGUACGCUUUUCGACGAAUUUAUCAAAAUUCUGAUCAUUUUGGGCACUUUACAUUCAACCCCAAAUUUCGGAAAUUUCGGUUGGUACAUCAUAUGGAACAGACCAUUUGGGUUUGGUCCUCCCGGAAUAUUCGGGACCAACUUUGACCGGUCGGUCGCACCGAAAGGUCCCUUUCCAUUUGACAAAAUUGUUGUCCCCUGCUUACAAGGACAAUAACCAGACGCGCGGCGGCUUGGGUCGGGUCUCUGUAGCCCGAAUGUACCGUACCGUUCCACUGGGCACGUGAAAUUUCCUAAAUUUCAAACCGGAAUUUUUGUUCAAUGGAAAGCACCCUUUGUCUCCACUAAAAUGUCUGACUUUCUUGUUUAACCCAAUUGUUAAUAACACAUUGUUUUUCGAGUUACUUCGUGCUAAAACCGAUGCAUGUUCAUGAUCAUUCUUUCCUUUCAGGACACUGUUUGACAAUCCCUUAACAACAUUGCCUUACGGUCUGCUUGAUUCAUUAUCAUACAAUGCCAAAGUGUAAGUUAAGAACCUUGUUAAAGACAAAAAGUUUAAUUUCCUUGGAAUUUUAUGAUCUUGAAAAGACAAGUUUGUUUACUUGAAUUUUCUACUUAUACCUUUUAAUCGUGCACAGUUUAAAAUUCAUUAUACAUAAUACUUUUCUAGGUCCUUAACAUGCAAAAACCUUCGACAACUUUCUCUUUUUCAAAGGAGAUACUCUUCAGUCAUGUAUGUAUAUUAAGAAUAUUGUAUCUCUAAUCUCGAUAAGUAUUUGUGUCAAACAAGAUAUUCCUUAUAGUUAACAAUUAUUCCUCGAGCCCGAAUGGGCUCUGAGUCAAUAGCCCAUAAGACCGAAGACCGAAUGGGCUAUUGACUCAGAGACCAUGAGGGCGACAGGUAUAAUUGUUUUAGUACAAUUCAGCUUGUUGGUCAAAAAUAGUAACUAAUUCACAUUCGCAUAAAAGCCACCUUAUGCCAUUUGAUGGAUAAGGUAUGGGUGAAAAAUUUUGCAUAAGGCAUAAGGUGGGCUGAUAGAGAAAAUUUGCCAGCGCCGCUGAAGGGGAGGAGGGUGGGGAAACUUGCUUGCCCGUUGUAGAGUAGACUUGCGAGAAGACGGUGAAUUUGUUUGCUAGGGCGUAUAAAAGGCCUAGGGAAUUUCCCUGGGGACCGUAAAGGACCACUAGACUGCUUCCCGAGGGAGCACGCAGUAAUCUAGUUGAUUAAAUCGUAACGCGGCGGCUUUUACACGAAUGAGAAUAGUAAUUAAUUCACAUUCGCAUAAAAGCCACCUUAUGCCUUUUGAUGGAUAAGUUAUGGGUGAAAAAUUUUGCCCGACACCAGGGGUGCUAUAGACUCAUCCAAAAGACGGUAAAUUAUUGCAGAAUAACUUAUUAACUUGCAGUACAGUCAAAUCUCCCCGAAACUCAGAAAAACCCAGAAAAACUCCCUUAGAGAGAUGGGCAGUGUUGGCGUAAUGCCUCCCAGAUGUGACGGAUUCAAUUGAGGGGAGUGGCCCGGCCCAAAUGUGGGGCUUUCCCUCCCGGAUACGCUAAAGGAAAGCUGAAGGGUGGCUUGCAGCAUGUGUAACCCGGUUAGAGAAAUCCGAAUGGGAGGAGAUAAAAAGAAGGAAAGACCCUACGAAAGAGGGAGGCUGGGAGGGAACCCACAGUCGAGUCGAGUCAGGACACCGUCCGAAGACUGGAUGAGGGGUGUGUUUACAUACACGUAAAAUGCCAUAAAGCAUCAAAGACUGUAGACAAAUGUACGAUGGACGGUCGCGAAGUAAAGCCAAAGAUGUCUGUUCGUCAUAGUACGUUUCACAGACGUUAAAGGGCAACAACGAAAUUAAAAACAUGCCACCGAACUGCGUUGGUGAGAUCUUCGUUUACGUUUCACAAACGCUAAGAAGCGUUAACGUAAUGUCUAUCCCUUGAUUGUACGUUUCACAGACGCCAAAAGGCGCCAACGUAACUGAUUAAAAACAUGCCACUGAGUAGAGCUGCUAGGAUCCUCCUUUACGUUUCACAAACGCUGAGAAGCGUCAAGGUAAUGUCUUUCUCUUCAUUAUACGUUUCACAGACGCCGAAGGGCGCCAACGUAAUUAAAUACAUUCCACUGAACUGCACUGUUGAGAUUCUCCUUUACGUUUCACAGACGCCAUGAAGCGCCAACGUAAAUAUGUUCCCGCUCGUUUUCGUUCUACUGUAACAGACGAAUAAGACGCGACAAUAAUCAAAUAAGGAUCGCCUUACCUCUGGUACGUCGCACAGACGCCUAAGAGCGCUAACGUAAACAAACUCCAGAACAGAAUGGUGAAAAAGAUAAACGCCACGUAUGUGACAAAUUGACAAGAAAAGGGGGAAGCGAGAAAUUAAAACAUGAUACUUAGGUGGAUGGUGUUGGUGCUGGUUGAGGUUCUGUCGAAGCAAUAGCUACCGCAUCAGCUGGGUCUGGUUAAAAAGGGACGAGAGCCAUGAAAGAGCUUCAGUGGCGCUGGUCGCGUUGCGGAAGAAUGAAACUUGCUUGCCCGUUGUAGAGUAGACUUGCGAGAAGACGGUGAAUUUGUUUGCUAGGGCGUAUAAAAGGCCUAGGGAAUUUCCCUGGGGACCGUAAAGGACCACUAGACUGCUUCCCGAGGGAGCACGCAGUAAUCUAGUUGAUUAAAUCGUAACGCGGCGGCUUUUGUGACGUCCUGUCACCAUGGUAGCAAACUUUCUGGAUAACAACUUACAAUAGGGAGUUUUUGCAGCGUAGAAAGGGCGUUGUACGACACGAUUUCUCGUAUAUAGUGGUGAAUUGCGUGAUUAUCCGGCUUUGACUGGUGUGCGCGGUAUGUGUGGUAGAACUUUUCAACAAUCAAUUAAAAAAGUAAAUAUCGAAAAAUUCCUUGGCGCUUCAUGAAUCUCCUCAGAAAUAAUAUUUUUUCUGGAUUUGUUUUUGUUGUUGUUGAAAGAAAGUUCUCAAUGAGCUCUACCUAAUCAUCUUAAAAUUGCAAACUUCGAAAAUAUUUUGAAUUUUUUUUAUGGAUUAUACCUUAAUAAAAGCUAAUAAAGCUAACUUCUGCCUUUUCCUGACAGGUUUUAACAUACAUUCUUUUUUCUAUAUUCGAGUUGAGCCUCGACAGUUCUUAUUUUCUGGGCAGUUUCAGCCUGGAAAUGUUCUUACAGAUGUUCUAAAUUUCUGGUAGAUUUAAACCACAUAUAGACAAGACAGGACAAUGACUAUAGUUUUCACAUUAAUGAAUUAUACAAGUACGAUGUGAAAGUAUUAUAUUGACCAUAAACAAAAGGAAUGUGUUGAACUAACAAACUUUUACUUGCACUCUGAUUCCAUGUAGGGCUGCAGGACAUUAUUUCAUAACAAUUAUCUAGAUUUAGGAAAGUAAAAACAGUGAAAUAUAAAUAAUUGUUCUUUUCUGAGCCUCAGGUUUAUUCUUAACAUGUUCUUAAUAAAAACGUCAAAAUCGUUUUUAUAAAAAAAUGCUGUUAUGUAAAAAAGUGUAGAUAAAGGUGUAGUUAGAGUAGCAACUAUUUAACAAUUAGUCGCCGAAGGCGACGUGAAUAUCGGCGAAUAGUCAUCGAGACGAAGUCGAGGUGACUGUUCGCCGAUGUUCACGUCACCUUCAGCGACUAAUUGCUUUAGUAUAAUUACAUUCAUUUGAUGAUUAUUCGAGAAAAUAAAAUAAAAAAGAGACAUAUUUUUGAAAGAUUUUGGGGCUUCAAGAUGUCGGUCGAGGUUGGCUCUGAUCGGGAGUAACUAAUAGUCGUGGGUCGUGUGUACCAGGUCGUGGGUCGUGGGUACAAAGUCGUGGGUCGUGGGUGCAAAGUCGUGGGUUGUGGGUACCAGGUCGCGGGUGCAAAGUCGUGGGUUGUCUUCCUAGUUCCGUGGGGUUUUCAAGGACAAUCCUUUCUAGGGGGUAAUAUUAAAUAAAUAAAAAGUUGCGAUAAUUGAGAACAAUACAACGCCCUAGCUCUACACCAAAAGUCUAGUUCUGAAACGAGUAACAACGAUAUUGACAACAAUGAAAUUAAUUACCCGAAAGUAACUUCUACUUCGAAAAUUACCACACAGCUACACUUAAAAAAAUCGAAUUGCAUCCAGUGAUGCAACGUUUAAAGAAGUAGUCUCCAUCCACGUAAAAAAGGGGAUUUCAAAGAGUGUUUAACGCAACACAGGAACGAGAAAAAUGUCUCUUUUUGGUGAUUUUUUUUUUGUGAAAGUCAACUAUCAGCCUGUACCAAUCAUAAUAACGGAUCAAUUUAACAAGAACGUGUGAAAAUCUUUGAACUCUGGUACCGUAUAUACGAAACUGUCUCAACUUAACAACGUCAAGAGUCAUUUGUGAUUCUAUCUCGAAACUUGUCUUAAUCUUUCUUUGAAUCAUGCAUGAUUUAAAAGAUGAAUUUCACAAAAGGGCUUUUUUGUUAGUUCAACAUCUACACAACAGUUCAAUAACCACUCCACUAGUUCAAUGACCACACAUUAGAUCAUUAAGCGGGGCAAAUAGCCACAAAUACGUUAGAUUUGUUUUUUGAAUGUGUAGCAUAAAGUAAGUGGUAAACACUCAUUUAGCAACUGUCAUACUGUUAUACUGUUAUUAAGUUCUAGCGAGCUCACUAAUGUAAACAGGAACAUAGACUGGUGGUAAUUUAAAAGUUAUAGUCUGCUCAGAAGGUCUGUCAUUCUCAUCAGGGGCAGAGUGAACAGACCUUGAAACAGAGUCAGCGCGGAAAAGGGAAAGCGAACUCGGUCCUGAGGAAACUUCACAGUAAAUAACCCGACAAAGCGCGCACGUUGAUUCUUAAGUGACUUAAGUGGUAAUUUUCGCACUAUACGUUACUUUCAGGUAAUUAAUUUCAUUGUUGUUACUAGUUUCAAAAUUGGACUUUUGGUGUAGAACUGGGGGUGUAGUAAUUAUCACAAUUUUUUAUUUAUUUAAUAUUACUCAGUAGAAAGGAUUGUCUCUCAAAACCUCACAGAACUAGGGGGACAACCGACUUUUCACCCGCACCCCACGACUUUGCACCCACGACCCACGACUUUGCACCCACCACCGACGACCUACGAGUUUGUACCCACGACCCACGACUAUUAAUAGUUACUCCCGCUCUGAUCGACAACAUGCUGGUUUUCUUAUAAUACCUUGCCCGUCGGUUUUCCUCACGGAAACGCAAAAUUUUGCCAAACAGUUUUUUAAUUCAGCGACUUCCAUGUUUUCUAUUUCAUUUGAGAACUCUUGCAGCUGUUGAAACCAUUCUGUAGAACCCCCGUCAAAUAAUUUCGCAAAAGUUACUAAAAGUUCCCGACACUUUGAAGCAAAAAAAAGUAAACAAACAUACCAGUUUUCAGUAAAUCGUGUUACUUGCAAAAGAGAAAUUUUAUUAACCUACCUUUUAAAACCUUUGAAUAGCUUGAUUGAUUGUAGCAUCCCAUUCUUUUGUUUUUUGAGAACAGCAUUUUCUUUAAAUUGAUCAAAUUCCGACUCCGAAACAUCAACAAAACUGGCUGCCUUAUUGAAAACUGUUGGCCUUCAAUGUUAUAAUCACCGCGCGGUGAUUGUAGCGGGAUGAAGCGAAGCUCCUAGCAUGCGCAGAUCACAGCGCUCAAUUUUCGAUAAUCAUCAAUGUAAUUAUACUAAUUCUUAAAUAGCAGGAAUUACCCGUCUUUCGGCAUUAUUUACUAUUCUUGCCAUGUUUAUAGGCAGUAGUUUUAUUGCUACAUCUUGUUCGAAAAACGUAUCAGAUCUUCCCUCUUUUCUCCAGCUCUGUCAAAACAGUUUAGCUACCGCGACUUCUACUGUCGCGAUCUUGGCGAAAAACCUCCCAAAUUUCCUUAACGAUUAUGAGCAAUUAGGGUGGGGAUUUAAGCCAAACAAAAAAGGACAGGAAUGAUUAACGAUAGAAUAUUUAUACUGAGGAAAUGAUGGGGAAUAUAACCGUAGUAAAAUAAUGCAUGAAUUUUCUAUUGAAAAAAGAAAUCAAAGAAUAUCAUGAUUCAGGUAUGCUUGACUUGUUAUCUAUCUUGAUGAUCUUUACUGAUAUGAUUGAUGUGUUUCUUAUUUCAGCGACUGUGCGCCAUCAACAAGUUUUUAUGUGCGUCUUGGCAAUGAAGUUAAUAACUUUAGGAGGGGCUUUAGGCGUUCAGGGUUUGUUUGCCGCCCCUGUCACCGUGCAUUUUCUCCGAUUGACGGUUUUUGCCAUAAUUGUACUUUAUGUACAGCUGGAUUAUAUGCUCAAAACGACGUUUGCAAUGCUUGUCCUGCAGGUAUGUGAAAUAUGUGAGAAACAUAAGUAUACUUGUUUUUAGUGCCAUGUGGAUCAUUAAACCCUUUCGAGCCCUGGGAGAACCCCCUUCCCCUUACAAAAAAGUUGAAUAAAUUCAAAAGCUACCACCAACAAACUAAGCGACCUUCCUUAUGUCACUCCGCUUAAGUUUAAUUUCCAUAACAACCGACGUUUGACAGCCAUGCUUAUUCAAUAUUUUUCAUUUGGAUCAUGGAGUCAUAAUUACGUCGAAUUACGUCAUUGUGUCAAUUAAGUUGUGGCUAGAUGUUGAAAUUAUGAGUACACUGGUCUCAGAAAGCAAUAACGCCCCGUUUGAAUUAAUGUUAACAAAAACGCUCUUUACGGCGGCGCGUAGUCUCGCUUGCUUGGAGAUUAGAUAAGACAUGAGGAGGCGAUUAAUUCUACACAAAACAAGAUUUACACGCCAAAGGCUUUUUCACUUUCUACAUUAUCGGCGGUUGAGUAUUCUUUAGGAUAUUUACUUUUUGUAUCGUAUUCGACGAGUUGUUUUUGAACUGGUUUAGUACACGUGUUAGCGACGACCAGAAAUACGUGUACGGUCGAAGAGCUUGCCAGAAAUAAAAAGCGCGCAAAGAACAUGGCGCGUCACUUCAAUCAUCACCGAAAAUAAACAGCAUGCUCAUCACAAGACUCCGGCAUUUGCAUACAAUGAAAACUUGCAACACUAACCAUCGAAGUCUUGCUAAUUAAGAUCGUUCUUUUUUUCGACCACUGAAGUGUUCACUUGUUCCAAAGUAAUAAUGAGCACGUUCAGGCGAUAGAAUUCGUGGACCAACCCUUACCGGAAAAGCUCUAAUUCGCAUUACUCUUCGCAAAACAAGUUUGGCUUCGGUCACGCAACGAUUCUUAUUCCCAGUUUCCACGGUCUCUGCUAGGAAGGCCUGGGAACAUGACUUUUGUGUAACAGGGAGAAAAAAAAUGGGCUUGUAGAUUAUGAGUCUCUGCUUACGCAAGAAAGACUAAAUACAAAUCUUACUAAUUAAAAUCCAUCUAGAUAAUCUAUCGGUGCGAGAAAUUGUGUUUUCGUAUUUUGUGAACGUUCACUCCCUCUGUAGAUUUGAAUAAGAUAUGCAAACGUCGUGAGAGAUUUUUGAAAAAGAAUGGCCAUGAAAUAUCGCAAGCGUCUUUGCCCUUGGUUACAUGCAUCUUGCUGAUAAUCAACGAUCAAUUUCCGAGCAACUGAUUCAUAAACCUUUAACCACUUCCUUCGGCCUUGAGGGGUGCUUCGGAACCCCUCUUUCUCAUUUGAAACCGCCCAAGAUACGGCAACCAAACCUUCGCGGAUGUCACUGUAUCGUGUUUCAAAAUCAUUAUUGGAUUUUAACAAGUCAUCUCGGGUAUUUUCAAAGCGUUGGCGAGAGUGAAGUGGCCAGUAACUUUGAUCCCCAUGGAAAAAUUUCUGAAAGUGGUUGAAAGAAGUAUUUUUCAAUUUCCACCGUUAAGCUGUAUAUCUAUUAUCAACUACGACUAGAUGCUAUUUUUGCAAAACGACUAUUCGGGCGGAGAGAAAGCCUGUAUAAGAUCAUGUUUUUCGCUCUAACUUCAUUUUAGGAACCAGGUUUUUCUCACUUUUGUUUCAUUUUACUCGUCGAAGGCCGCCGUGGGUAGUGGACAAUAAAUAACACCCAAAUCUUUGCUUAUACUUACCCUGUAAACUAAAUCACAAAAAAGGUUUAUGUUUCUUUGCAGUUCCAUGCAGAAAGUUCAAAUGCUUUUAUCCUUUCUACUAUAUAAAUUAGGAGGUUUCUACCAAGAUGAAAUGGGGCGGAUAGACUGCAAGCGAUGCAGCUUAGGGACUUACGUCUCAAAGGAACUACAUCCCGGCACAAGUGCUGCUGCCUGUAAAGCAUGCCCAUACGGUAACAACCGACGUGGACAUCCGCUGCCAGGGAGCUAAAAGCAAUCAUUACGACGUACGGGAACGUCAAUUACGAGGUUAAAGUUCCUAUAAUGGGACUUCUUAUAGACGACGUGAACACAAGACAACAAAUUUUCCUUUGUUUUUUUAAAUUAAGAAAAAUCCUUAAGAAUUUAAAAUUUGGAAAGAUUCACCUACAUUUGACCAGUUGAGCGAAGUUAAGGACGCGCGAUUAUUUAUUUGUAGUGACGUUUUCAUUGCUCUUCGCCGUCGUAUUUGCUUAAGCUCCCAAGUAUCUCUCCACCAUCAUCAUUUCUAAAAACCUGGUUUCCAAAUCAGUAAAAUAUCUGAAAUAUAUUGAUCGCUGCAAAUUCUGUCUUUUGGAAUUUCACCAGUCUUCCUUUCUUUCUUUCUUUCUUUCUUUCUUUCUUUCUUUCUUUAUUUAUUUCUUUUAGUACACACCAAAUUGCAAUAACGUUGUCUACUCUUAGAAAAUAGGAAUGAAUAAGCCACAUCUUAAGGGUGGGUUCAUUAGCAGCCGUUUCAUUUCCACGCAGGAAUUUAUUAUUAUUAUUUUAAAUAACGGUAAAUAACAGUCUCCAAAAGGCAAAUACGAAGUCCAUGUACGUAUGAUGCGAAUGAAUUUAUUAAGCUUAUUAGCCCAAAAAAUUCCUAACUGGCAUUUUUUUUUUCCAUUUUUCUGUGACAACGUUUUUGCAAUUGAGCGCAUUUCAUGAAGUACAUUGAACAACGUUUUUGCAGUGAGCGCAUUUCAUUAACUACGUUGUAAAAUGAUGUGUACUUUUAAUGACUUAUUUUUGUCCAUGAAGCCUGUACUGGGGCAGCACUUAAAAUAUGAGGUACAUGAAAUGCUUUCGGACAUUUGCAAUGGCCAUACGCGUCAGAACUGUUUAGAGAUAGUCAUACGUUCAUCGAAAGUUUCGAGUUGUGUAGGAGCUGCUCGUAAGGUCUCUCCUAAUUGAUCACAGGAAACAAUGACAUGUCAUUCGUUCAAUUGUUUUAGUAUUGUUUGGGGUCAUGGUUAGGCCCCAUUGGUGGCUUCUCUUCUGAGCAGCUGGUACAUGACCCAAAGUUUCUGGAAUUCUAAUAAAAUCAUGCGUUUCAAAUUCUUCGAAAAAUUACAGAUUAUGAAACUCGGAAAAGUUUUACCAAAGUGAAAUGGCCUUGAGGAAAUUUUAAUUGCCUGCGUCGCAGACAAUCUCAAACCUUCUUUAAUAGAGCGUCUGUAGAGUCGCCAGUAAAUAAUUCAACGUUUUGGAUUGGCUAGUUUCUUACGAAGUUUGUGACUAGGUCUAACACGACCAAUAACUCGUAAGAAGCAAUUUGCCAUGAAUUGCUUUUUUUACAGCAGUUUAAGCCUUAAAAGCUUUAAAGCUUUUUUAUUGCUCCUGCUGCUAAACAAUGUUUAGCUUAUUUGGUUUAGGGUUAGGGUAAUUUAAUUUUCCAGUUUCUUACAUAACAAACCAAUCGGCUCAACCAAUGACAAGAAAGGGAAAUGUGUCGAACAGUAGAAAUCAUGUGUUGUUUUACGCGAAACUGGACUCAAAGUUCGAAAACUCGACAUGAACCAUCCUCGGAGACCCAGAAGUGGUCAGUCAGGUCGGGAAAAAACGGAGGCGAAAGUUUUUAAGAAGUUCCCAGCCGUUUUUCCCGACCCGACUGACCACUUCUGGGUCUUUGAGAACACAUUUUAGUAAACCCGUACUUUGGACAUUUAACUGCGAAUGGUUGAUUUCCACUGUCACCAAGUUUUUACGUCCUUACGUGCGUAACAUUUGCGUUCGCAUUUAAAAUUGAGGCAAUGUAUGAAAGGUCGCACGUAAACGUAAAAGUUGAACCUCGAUCAACUUCACGUCUUCACUCUCAACAUUUUGACACCUUUGCUUCGAGAGCUAAACUGGCCUCCUGUUAAAGAACAAUUAUUCUAUAGAGACUCCGUUUUGACCUUUAAAUGUCAGAACGAUCUUGCGCCUCAAUACUUAACGAGCAAGUUUACCAAGCGCUCAAAUAUACAUACUCGUAACACUCGUAUACGGAACUCUUUGCAGAUUCUGCUAUACAGAACGGCUAUAGCCCAGCGCACAUUUUCCUACAGAGGGGCCUACACAUGGAAUAACUUGCAUAAUGAACUUAGGCAAAGUGCCUCAUUGGCAUCUUUCAAGCGCGCCCUGAAAGACACACAAUUGAGGCAGACAUAGUUCCUGAAAAACCUCACGAGGAUGUUACUAUUAAAGUUAUUAUUAUUUCAUUACGUGAUUAACAAUUAACGUGUGUUCACGAGUAAAAUUAUGGUCACAGAUAAAAUAGAGGUAAUAUACGAAAGGUCGAGCGUGAACGUAAACGUUGAACCUCAUUCAACUUUUACGUUUUUUACGCACGAACUUUAAUACAUUUCCUCUGUUUUAUUUGCGCACUUAGAAAUAACGCGACAUUGGAAAUCCACCUCUAAGCUUUUGUUUGUAAGUCUCAAAAUUAAGGGCGCAAAUAAAAUAGAGGCUAUGCAUGAAAGGUCGCUAGUAAACGUAAAAGUUGAAUCUCACUUAACUUAUCGUUUAAGCUCGGCGCUUUUUAUCUUGCCUCUAUUUUAUUUACCUGAUUAAAAUUUACGUAUGUACGUUAACGUGCGUAGCGGCCAAAAACGCGUCAGUGGAAAUCAACCUUUAGGCCUAGUUAGUCCAUCCAUUAUUACGAAUAGCCUGUGCUAUUGGAAUUUAACUGAAGAAGAUUAAAGGAAAGCCAUCCUUCUUCCUUUUUUGUUAUCAUCGUAUCCGCGCCGAUCAGCACUAACAUUCAGAAAAACAGCAAGGUUUGAUUUUUUAGACAUCUUAAAUUUAAUAAAUGUUGCUGUUUUUUGUUGUAUUUAACAGGUACGCUUUCCAAUGAAACUGCCGGUUAUCGUGCAUGCAGAUGCCUUCCGGGCUUUUACCGUAUGGAUCGUUUUGGUCCAUGCUCAGAAUGUCCAGCUCACGGCAUCAACUGCGUCAAGGACACAGCAAUACUUGCACCUAACUAUUUCUGGAAGUGGACCAAUCAAAGUAACAGCAACUUUUAUGAGAAUUUCGUGCAGAACAUCCAUUCAUACGAACCCGAUUACAAUCAUGUCUACUCCAGAUUUACCAUUCCACUUCCAAAGCCAGUGAAAUGUCCGUAUGCUGGGUCUUGCAAGGGUGGAAUUGACUCAGAGUGCACUGAAGGAUACAAAGGAGACUUAUGUGCAACGUGCAGAAAUGGCUACUACCUAAGAUUUAACACAUGCUUAAAAUGUCCACGAUUUGCAGUUGUUAUCGUUUCAUCCAUUUUGAUAGUCCUUUCUUUUGUUGUCGUAUUUCUGAUGGUUUUUUGGGGCGACUCAAAACAAACCGAAAAUAAUCGUACUAUCGCAGAUGUCAUCAUGUCGUGUUUCAAAAUCGUUAUUGGAUUUUAUCAAGUCAUCUCGGGUAUUUUUACAUCCUUGGCGAGAGUGAAGUGGCCGGUAGCUUUAAUCCCCAUGGAAAAAUUUCUGAAAGUGGUUGAAGGAAAUAUUUUUCAAUUUGCACCGUUAAGCUGUAUCUAUUAUCAACUACGACUAGAUGCUUUUUCAAAAUUCGUCCUGGUUCUUUCCAUUAAUUUUUCUGUCGUUUGUACUAUUCUUUGCUACAUCAUCCUGAAAAAAAUAUACAUCAUCAAGAAGAACGAUUGUCCCGACAGCCAAAAACUACGUGCAGUUUCUCGCCUGAAGAAAUCCUGCUACCGGAACAUUUUCCUCUUUCUGCUGGCAUCAUAUCCCAUGACAAGUAAAACAAUCAUCCAAAUAAUUCCUCUUCCAGGGGCAUGUGUGACGCAUUGCUUCACAGAUAACAGAAACCAUUGCACCUCUUUACUGAAAGCUGAUUACUCCCUCCAAUGCUUUACUGCCCGACACAAGAUGUACUGGCCAGUCGCUACCAUGUUUUCCUUGUACCCCAUUGGAUUUCCCUUACUAGCAUUGCUUUUCAUUUGCAAGUGCCGCAGAUCGCAGUUUCAAGAAGAAAUUGCCUUUGGAAUGAAAGUAUUUUAUGAAAACUAUAAGGAUAAAUUCUGGUAUUGGGAGAUAACAGAGAUGUACCGCAAACUGACACUAAUCUCGUUUAUCUUCCUUUUUGGUUCAGAUGGUGUUAUCCAAAUUGGUCUGACUCUACUAGUCGUCAGUGUAUUUGGUGUAGCUUAUACCCUUUUCCGUCCAAUAAAAGGCAAGUUUGAAGACCGACUGCAAACAUUUGUGCUGUGGGUUAUUUUCUUUGAUGUGUGUCUUGGAGCGAUGUACAGUGGCUGCGAUGGCACAAAAGAUCAUGAAGGAGGUGAUUCACUUAUCAUUAACAUCCUAUUUGUCGUCCUUAACAGUUCCAUAAUUCUGAUCGCUUUGGGUAAGUCUUUUUUGUUAUAUUACAACAUCCACAGUUUUUGAAACUAUAAGGGAACCUCUCCCUAACUUAUGUAACGCAAAUCUAAUUGUUCAUCUGUUUACUCUACUUCAAAAUAUGGGUGUUAAAGUGGCAAAUUUCUGCCAGGAGGUUCUUAAUCUGCAAUUUCUUAUUAGCGGGUGUUUACUAUAUUUCUUUUACUCUCAAAAAUUCGAAUGACAAAGAUGGUUCCUAACAUUAAUAAUAGUCUCUUUCACCUUGCUUUCGCUGAAUCUAAUCCUUCUUCAAUUUUUUUCAAGCUUUUCAUACAGAAAUUUUUAAGCUUUUACAUUUAUACAAUUUUGGGUUAUGUUUUUAUGCUUCCUUUUCUAGGUAAAGGAAUUACCUAUGCAUCGCUUCUCUGCAAAACCAUGCGUUCGUGUCUGACACUUUGCCACCAUUUCCUUCAGAAAGCAUUCGUUGAUGUAAAAAUGAAGGUUAUCAGCUGUCUACAUUGUCUCAGGUUCCUUGAAUUGAGAGCGCAACCACUUGAUGACCAAAGCCAGCUUUUGAUCCAGGAGUUCACUUGA